AUGACUAGUGAUGAUCAAUAUAAAACAAUAAUAUCAUCAAUUCCUGAAUAUUCUUUAUUAUUUUCCAAGUAUUAUAUAUUAUCAUCAUUUCUUACUCGUUUUUUCUUAUCAAAUUAUUCGUUAGAAACUCAAUUAGAAAUGUGGCAAUAUAAAAUAUUUAUUGAUGAUAAACUUUCUCCGUAUGAAUUAGUUUCAUCAUUUUAUAAACGUAGUCUUUAUCUUCAUUUAAAUAAUCUGGGAAAGAUUUUAGAUAGUCAACAAAAAAAUAGUUUAAAUAAAUCAAGAGAAUUUAAAUGA